AUGCAUUCCGAUUUCCGGCAUGAAUACAGGGAUACUAAUGGUGAGAACGUGUAUCACGUUUCGGAUUCAUUCGACAGCGAUUUGAUGCUUGAAAUAGAUACGUACGGAAAAGGUGUUUCUGCAGCACGGCUUGAUCGUACUCAGGAGGAUCUCAAUAAAUAUCGUCAACGUAUUGACGCUAAUGUAGAGCAUCAAAAAGAAUAUUCCGAUCUCAUAUCGGCUUUACAACAUAAGGUACAAGAAUAUCGCCGCCAUAUUACUGAUCUUGAAAGUCGAAUAGCAACACGUCGAUCAGAUGAACCCUCAUCAUUUACAAUGAUUGAUUCAACGGUGUAUCCUGAUGGAAAAUACAAGGAUGAAACAUUAUGGAGUCCUAAAAAGGGCUUAGAUGAUAAUGAAUAUCAACUUUUGGCUAAAUUAGAUGAGGAACGUAGAAGAGUUGAUGAUUAUCGGAUACAAUUGGAACAAGAACGUAUUCAAAAUGAUCAAUUGUUACAUGAAAAUGAACGACUUCGUCAACAAUUUGAAACAAAUAUACGAGAAAAUGAACGCAUUUAUAAAACACGUGAAAGGAAUCUUGCUCAGUAUUUGAGUGAAGAACAGAAAAAGAUGAUGGAUUUAUGGACUGAAUUACAACGUGUUCGUCGACAAUUAGCUCAACAUAGAGAGCAAACAGAACAUGAUCUGGAAAAUCAGCGUAAUGAAUUUACCCGAAUAAUUCGGAAUGUUGGAGGUUUAACUAGACAAUUAAAUCUUGUUGGUAUUGAGGGUGGAUAUAGUGGCAUUAAAGAACCAUUAUUGGUUGAAAGUAGUCGUGGAGGAGGUGAAACUAUUAGUCAGGAUACUGUAUUAAUUGAAGCAAUUAAAAGAAUACGCGAAAGUCAACAAACUGUAGGUCAACCAGGUGUACAAGUGUUCGACCAAUUAAAACUUGCAAGUGCUGCAGCUGGUGAUGCAGAUUUAUAUAAUGAACUUAUGAAAAAGUAG